UUUUUCCCCCCAAAAUGCGUUAUUAUUAUUAUAAUUCAUGAUUUAUGUUGUUCUUUUUGCAGCUUUUAUAUGAGCUUGUAUAUAUCUUUUUUUUCUUUGCCUUUUUUCACAUUUUUUGUACAUUGAAUUUUUGCAUUUCAAUUCUUCUUUUUUUUUUUUAAUGAAGCGGUUUGGGUCCUGGGAGGACAUACAGACAUAGAUAGAUAAGAGUAUUCCACUCUUGUGACGCGUGUGACGUGAGAGCGGCUAGUCACAGCCCGCUCGUCCUGAGUCGUGACCGCCCCCACUCCCACCUACGUCAUGUGUGACGUGUGCAGCCCGCCUCCAUCUGCCCUCCGCGGUAACCACACGGAGCUUCAUCAUGAUCCUCAUCCUCGGUGGCAACAGCGAGACGCACUUCCCAGCCGCGUCUCGUCUCGUCUCGUCACGCGACUUCAGCCUGUUAUGGACACCCACGCGGGGCUCUGAGCAUCCAGGCAAGAACCAUGCCCACUGUCCUGUGCAGUGGCAGGGGGAAACUUUCCUUUGGCUCUUCGCUGCACCGAUGCCUCUUUUCUCAGGUAACGAGAGGCCAACACAGCUGCGCCAAAGAUAUUUGGGGGGACAUGACUCAGUCGUGGCCUUCCCAACGAGCCUUAGCGGGUGACCGGCGGAUUCUCUUCAACGCUACGGAUGGAGAAGAGCCGACAACGCAACGGGGGCAAGGGCGGGGGGAUGCUCAGCCGCCGACGAACCGUCAUCCCCGCGUGGCGCCUCACAAGUCGAUGCUUGUUGAUGACCUCAAAUUAAGCAGCGAUGAGGACGACGUGCAAAGGGAAGGUCAUUCUCAUUGCCGAUUCAAGCCUGUGAAUACAGCGACUCAGGAAUCAGCUUCCUGGGACAGACACAGCCCGUCGCACACAAAUGGCAGGAGGGCGCGAAAUUCCAGCUCGGACUCCUCGCAAUCGCACUCUUCCGUGGAGUCGGUCAGCGGCAGCCUUGGUUCCCGGAGCUCCAGCCCGGCUGCCUCACCCGGAGACGCGCGAUCCCCACGCAGCAGCAACAAGGAGACCGAUCGGCCCACAGCUGCCCAGCGGCAAUUCGAUAAGUGGCUGAAGAAGUCCCAGAAAAAAGCAGCUCCAAGUGACCGUUUCCCCACCCGUAGCAUUCCUGGAAACCUUCCCUCUCCGCACACGCUCCGAGCGCCGUCUCCGGCGAGAUGCUGGGACAGCAAUCGGGAAUACGGCCCUAGCCGAAGUCCCGUUGCCAGCCCGCAGUUGAGCUACAGGCCCGGCAGCCCCCCGCUGAGUCCCGCUUACAGCUUCUGUCCGAGCCCGCUUCCUAGCACCUGCCCGAGUCCUAGCAAUAGCGGGUACAGUCCUGGACCGAGUCCAGUUUCAAGUGGUUUCCCAAGUCCAUGCGGGAGCCCAAGAGCGGAGCGGAGCCCGGAGCCAAUUCAGAGAGACCCUCGGGAAAGUCCCCCUCCGUCUCCUUCCCAGUACCGCCGCUACCCCGACGUUCAAAGUCAUCUGUACCCGGCGCCACCUCCCCGCAGGACAAACGUUAGGUCACGGAUUGGCCCAUUGUCGAACUCGAACGCCAAAACCAAGCACACAAAUAGCACAGAGCCUCCCCUUCAUCAGCACAGGCCCACAGAAGGCAGAGACCACAGACAAAACAAAUCCAAAGCCGUUUUAAGACCACAGAGCAAUUCCCAUCCAGUCACUGAAAAGCCAGCCAAACGCACAUCACAUUACGAGCUGAUCCGGGGAGGCCGACCCGGCCGCAGCUCCGACCGCGAGACUCGACAUCCACUUCGGCACAGUUCUCAACACAAUACAGCGAGAACAAAACACCAUCUUCCCACUGGCCGUAAAACCGGCGUCAGUCGAAGUUCGACCGCGAAAGUUGCCGGUAAUAAUCACUUGAAACCAGGUCCUAAUCCACAACCGUGGGCCAAGGCGAGUCCUGUUAAUGCUAGUCCUUUCAAAACAUCACACGAGAAGCUCCAGCCCAAGAAACGCGAGGUGGUCCACAGAGAGCUUCCUCACACCGAAGGCGACGGGAGGAAGGACAAGAGGAAAGAGGGGAGGAAGGAAGAAAAGAGGCUGGCGGAGGAGCAGCUCCUGAGACCUCGCUGGAUCGAGAGUUCCGCAGAAGAGGAGGAAGGGGAGUUGGUCAUUGUCGAGAGGCGGAGGCGGCCUCGCGAGGAACAACGAACCCGCGAGAGUCAAACAAUCCACUCGAAAGAGCGACCGCGCCAUCCCGAUCGGGCGCGCCGACAUAGAGAGGUGAACCGGCGAGACGCUUCGUCUUCACUCAGCCCUCCUCGUCGGCGACGCUCCCCUUCAUCCUCUGCCUCGUCAAAUUCCGAUUGGGAAUAUCAAGUCGCCAAGGUUCCGGCAGACUCCACUUCACUCCGCAAGAGAGGCCGCCGCGGCUCCGGCAGACCCGAUGCCGGCAAGUCCCGAGGAACGCACUCAGAGAGCCCGGCCGAGGGGCAGCAGAGCGAGACCGGGCGCAAACUCUACACGCUGGUCCCGUUCGGGCGAAGCGAGCAGGCCGCGGCGCCUUCCCAACGAGGGCUGCGAAACCUGGUGGUGCACAUUGACCUCUGUCUCCUCAAGAGGGUCCCGGACACUGCUGUUAAUUCCACCCUCAGAGCCACUAACUCUUCCUCCUCCUCGACGACAAAAGACCAACAAGCGGAGGCUAUGAAACAUCUGCAUAUGCCUGACGCCGUCUCACAAGACAGCAGAAGGAAACGCAAGUUGGAGAAUGGCGUCGCACAUAAAGAAAGCAAGAGGAACGUGCCGCAUACGAAAGACGUCGCCGGUCGCACAGAGUCCUCGUCGCUUGCGGCUGAGCGCGACUUUUCAACUGAGACCGUGCAUAAUGGAUAUUUGGAGGAGUACUUGGACAGUAAGCGGCCAUUAUCUCCCCUGUCGCCGCUGUCUGACAGCCCCGAGCCCAGCAACCUUUCAUCCAAAGCAAAAAACGGCGAGGUUGAUCGCAGGACCAAAGAUAAGAACCGAGAUUCGGCACUGAAGCCCAAAAAGGAGGUGGAUUGUGUAAAAGUGUCCAGACAGCCUUUGUCAGAUUCUUGGGGCCCUGCCGGACACAGAGCGGCCGUGUCGAACACAGAAACGCCACACCACGCCGAGUACUACCUACACGAAGCCAAAAGGAUGAAGCACCGUGCAGAUGCCAUGGCGGACAAGCUGGGAAAGGCCGUAAAUUACGUCGACGCUGCUCUCUCGUUCAUGGAAUGCGGCAAAGCGAUGGAGCGAGGCCCGCUGGAGGCAAAAUCCCCCUACACCAUGUACGCCGAGACGGUGGAGCUCAUAAGGUAUGCAAUGAGGCUAAAGAGCCACGCCGGUCCCGGAGCGCGACAAGAAGACAAACAGCUGGCGGUACUCUGCUUUCGGUGUCUCGCCCUCCUCUAUUGGCAGAUGUUUCGUUUAAAGAAGGACCACGCACUGAAAUACUCCAAAGUGCUGCUCGACUACUUUAAGGGCAAGCGACGCCGUUUGAAACGUCACGGUCGACUUGGAGAACCGUGCAUUGCAAACUCUUUAACCUCUGAGCCGAACGUGCUGGUUAUCAGAAGCCGAAUUAUGAUAUGCCCUCAUGGUAUUCCUUACAGACUUCUCCCAAAGUGCCUCCGAUGCCAUCCUGCUGGAAUGACACCGGGAAGUAGGUGGACAACAAGUCAAGUCCUUCAAGACUUGAGACUUCAAAGCGCAUUGAUCACUAUUGUUUUUGGGUGGUGCAGGGAUACAGGAGGGCCCCCUCCUUCUGUCCUGACCGAUGCCAGCGCCCCCUCACUCAUAAGCAUCCCUCAACGUAUCCACCAGAUGGCGGCGAGUCACCUGAACAUCACCAACAGUGUCCUGUACGGCUACGAGUACUGGGAGGUUGCCGACAACCUUGCAAAGGAGAGUAAAGAGUUCUUCAACUACUUGAAUACUCUGUCCGGGCCGUUGACGCUUCACAGCAGCAUCGCUCACGCAGUGCAGUACACCAGGCAAGCUCUUCAGUGGAUCCGCAUCAGUGCCAAACUUAACUAACAAGCACAAGAUGCCCACUGUGUCAACAGCGACAGCGAGGAGAACCUUUUUCCUUAUGGAAAACAUAAUGCAGAACUGGAGCAAAUGUCUAUUGUUAGAUACAAAGGACCAUUUGUGGGUUCCUUUUGCCUUCCAGGGGCCGUCGGUUCCCCCCAUCUGAACUGUGAACGGAGUUGGAAUUGAGCAAUUUUAGGACUCAUUCACUUCCUUCCUCAUUGGUUGAACCUGGAAAGAUGUGCAUCGAGAUUUGAAGCCUCUGAUUCUUUGCCAAAUGUCCAAUUGCGACAUAAGUCACUGUAAUGUCUGCAAAUUGUUGCGCAAAGGCCUUUUAUAUGUUAUACCAUUGUACUUUUUCACUAUGUACAAAACAGUUUUGAAAAAUUUGCAUUGUUGGCAAAUGAUUUGUUUUAAUGGCUAUUUAAAUCUUUGUUCUACUGUGCAAUAUUUGUCAGACGUGUUUUAGCAAAAAAAAAACAAAAAACAGUGUGGGUCUCUCACUGCCCAUGUUUGAGGUUACUUCUAUGCAAAAAGUGAAAAAUACAGUUGCCGAUAUUGUGGGGAAUCAAAUUUUAACAUGUAAUCGUCACGAAUGAUCUGUUUUGAAAUGUAUAUGUCUAUUUAAUUUCUUUUGUUUCAUACAAUGUUUUUCUACUUUUUCUUUUGAAUUGUAUGUGACAGGAAAGAUCAGGGAGGAAUAAAAUACAGUUGUUUUCUUUUGCAA